GUCAAAAUUUUCAUGCAAUCAAAAUCAACAGCUUCAAACAGAAUAAACCACUUCCAGUCACUGUUACUCUCUUCAAGAUGAACAACAAUGGUAACAUAUAAAAGUGAGAAACACAGCAAAAUAUAAAAGAAAAAACUUCAGUUUGUUUAAUCCCUCAAACGAGCAUGAUCAGAAAAAGUUGGUACUCUCUACCCUUUGUUUUUUUCUGGUUUCUUCAUCUUCUUCCCGUGUCAGAUGCAGGUAUCACAAACUUGGUUUUCAAGGGCUGUGCAGAGCAAACACUAGAGGACCCAUCUGGGAUAUACUCAGAAAACCUGAAAUCCCUCUUGGAUUCGUUGGUGUCAGAAUCUGGAAGAAAGGCAUUCUUCAGUACAACCUCUGGAGAAGGGCAGAAUGUGAUGAUGGGUCUGUACCAAUGCCGAGGGGACCUCUCAGACACUGAUUGCUACAACUGUGUUAGCAAGAUUCCUGACAUGGUUGAAAAGUUGUGUGGCAAGGUGGUAGCUUCACGUGUUCAGCUUACUGGAUGCUACUUGAGGUAUGAAAUUGUUGGGUUUAGGCAGGUGAGUGAGACUGAACUACUUUACAAGGUUUGUGGGUCGAAGAAAGAUAGUUAUGACGAUGGGUUUGAGGAGAGAAGGGAGAGUGCAUUUGGUAUGGUGGAAAGUGAUGUGAAAAAUGGUGGAGAUUUGUUUUAUAGAGGGAGCUAUCAGUCUUUGUAUGUGUUGGGGCAGUGUGAGGGUGAUUUGGGCAAAGAUGAUUGUGGGGAUUGUAUGAAGAGUGCUGAGGAUCAAGCCAAGGCAGAGUGUGGUGACUCUGUUUCUGCACAAAUUUAUCUACACAAAUGUUUCAUUAGCUAUAGCUUUUAUCCUGAGAGAGGAGCCUCAUCUUCUGCAGAAUCACUCAGACAACCAGAGACACAAAGGACUAUAGCUCUUGUAGUUGGAGGAUUUGCAGCUUUGGGUUUCUUAAUUGCUUCUUUUUUAUUUCUCAAGUCACUGCUUAAGAGAAAAGGUGAAAAGUAUUGACAAUUCAACAUCAUGCAUACCUAUAUGUGAUUGAUAUAGAUAUAACAUCUUAUAUGAAUAUAUUUUAAGACUCUGUAAAGUCAGAGAUGUAAUGUGGUAAAAUAAAUCAAAAUUAUCACAAUACAUUUUUGGUUUUGUAUAAUUUGAUAUACUUUUGAGAUGGUUGAAUCAUACAACAUGAUUUUAGAAAGUGAAAUGUGGGACACUUGUUCCUGGGUGGUGUGUGAUUAAACUGUCAUAUUUGU